UCAUGCGCACCUGCAGCGCGUCACUGCAACAGAACGAACGAAGAAUGGCGGACGUGGUGAAAUCAGACUACAUCUCAAACAGCGCUGAUCCUAAGAGCAUACAGGAUCUUACAACAUUUGUACAAAAUGUCCUCCAGCAGAUGCAAGACAAAUUCCAGAACAUGUCAGAUCAAAUCAUCACAAGGAUAGAUGACAUGGGCCAUCGCAUUGAUGACUUAGAGAAAAACAUUGCAGAUCUGAUGACACAGGCAGGAAUGGAGGAUGGUGAAAAGUGAAGGAAGAAUCAAAUCUGAUAGGACGUUACCAAAUACUAGUACUUUAUAGGCUGAAACACAAGCGUGUCACAUGAUAUGGGAGGAUUUUAAACUGUAGGCUUUUCUACUAGUGCUUGCAUCAAGGUUUUUAUACUGAGGAAGUGAGGAUGUUACUCACAACUUUAACACUUGCUUAAAACUACUACAUGAAAUUGGGUUUGUCAGGAAAUGACAGGGAAAAAGACAAGUUUGAAUGUCUCAGAUGAAUUACCAGAACUUAUUUCUAGACAAUCAGCAGAAAGGCUCGGCCUCACUUGUUGGUGUAGAUAUUUUUUUCAGGGAAAUUACAGAAAUUUUCUUGCACAUCUCAACUCAGUUUUAUCCAAAUUCUGUCGUGUUAUUGCUGAACAUUCCUUUUGUUUAAAAAAAAUUGCCUCAACAUUUCUGAUUUUAUAUUUUAAUUUUUUAAAAAACUGAAUCAUGUAGUAUUGUGACUUAUAAAAAAUUAUACAAUAACUGGAGAGAAGGCCUACACUUUGUCUGUGCACCAACUAGAAGUGACUGUAGUGUUUAGUGUGUAUUUUACUUUGGCUUCAAUGUGAGAACAGACGAUUACAGGAAGAAGUCUUCAAAUUGGAAUUUGCCUUGAUCUAGAGUUUAUAUUGAAAGUACAUUUUUAAUAUGUAAAUUUAAUUUUAAGCCUUUAUUUAUAGUAUUUUAAAGAAUCAGUGAUGGUCAAUUGGUAAAUUAUUGUUUUAUUUUAUUGAUGAAUUCCCAUUCACUGCAGUCUUUGUACUGUUUUGGAAUUCAAUUGUUUUAAUGGAAAAAUAAAGUAGUUUUGCACUGAAA